UCACACUUUUUGUGCUUGCACUAUACAGGAAGGGCAAGGAGCUUCUGUGUUUAAGACCGGUCGGUUAUUUUUUUAUUGUGAUUUUUUGUUUUUAUAAUCAAUUAUAAACACACAUUUUUCAUCAUGCCAGGGCGUCCAUUAUGGCAGGUUGCUGGAAAACGGGAACCAGAGCAGGAGGCCGAAGCACAGCAAUGGGUCGAGACGGUCAUUGGCUACAGAUUCCCACCUGGUGUCAGCUACGAAGAUGCUCUGAGGGACGGUGUGAUCCUUUGCAUGUUAAUGAACAAACUUCAGCCAGGUCUCGUUCCCAAAAUCAAUACCUCCGGCGGUGACUACAAGAUGAUGGAUAAUCUCAACCAGUUCCAGAAAGCUUGCAUCCGUUACGGAGUACCUGAAAUUGAUCUCUUCCAAGCCGUCGACUUGAUCGAACGCAAAAACAUCGCUCAGGUCACAAACACCAUCUUCGCCAUCGGGCGCACAACAUACAGACAUCCGGAAUGGCGUGGACCAUGGCUGGGACCCCGACCAUCGGAGGAACACAAAAGAUAUUUCUCCGAAGACGUGUUAAGAGCCGGUGAGGGUGUAAUCGGUCUGCAGGCUGGUAGCAAUAAAGGUGCUACCCAGUCAGGCCAAAACUUCGGUGCCUCUAGGAAAAUCAUUUUCGGAAAGUAAAUCUGUCGCGGCAGAUUCUGCUACCUACUAUGCAAUACACUUGUACAUCGUUCUGCCUUUAUUAUUUAUCUUUAGCGAUCAAUUUGUGUAGUAUAGCUAGAUUGUUAUUUGAAAACUCACUGUACAGUUUAUUUGUCUUUUUAUUAACACUGCAAUAUCCGUAUGCACGCACACUUUUGUUUGUUACAUUCUAACCUGCGAAGAUGACGGUUUUUUUUAUAGUGUGAGAUAAAAAUGUCGUUCUUGCGUCGUGAAUACAUAACUCGAAUAAAUUAUACAAUUUAAUGUUUA